AUGUCUGAAGAAAACCUAAAGAUAACUACUGUUAAAAAAGAGAAAGACCCUAUUAGAGUAGAAGCUGCAAUCCUACAGGACUCAAGCAUUCUAAAGGACAAAAAGAGAUGGAUAGGAAAGCUUCAACAAUGGCUGCCUUCGUACUUCAAUGACAAAAAGACGGUGCGCUGUUACCAAGCAACGAAAAAUGGAUGGGGAGGGAGGACAUUUCACAGUCGCUGUGACUCAAAAGGACCAACAUUGGUUAUUAUUAAAAAGGGAUCGUAUGUGUUUGGGACAUUUGCAUCAGAAUCUUGGGGAGGAGGACGUUCUGGUUACAUACAAGCACCAGAAGCUUUCAUUUUCUCCUUUAAAAACAUAGAUAAUCUUGCACCCUUUAAAUCCAAUGUUACAAGAUACAAACAAUAUUCAAUGUACACAUACAGCAGCUAUGGACCAACAUUUGGUGGUGGUCACGACAUUUAUAUCGCCAACAAUGCUGUGUCCUAUUCCAAUUUUUACACAAACUUUGGUUAUACAUACAAGCUCCCAUCUGGCUAUUCUUACGGGAGCACAAAAGCAAAGAACUUAUUGGCUGGCUCGUACAAAUUUAUUCCAAACGAAGUGGAAGCAUUUUAUUUUUCGCCAUUGAUCCUGCAGAACUCAGUUAUUCUGAAAAAUAAACAAGAAUGGAUAGGAAAGCUUCAAAAAUGGUUACCUUCGAAUUUAUAUGGCAAAAAGACGAAGCGCUGUUACAAAGCAACAUCGAAUGGAUGGAGAGCAAGUACAUUCCACAGUUGUUGUGACUCAAAGGGACCAACACUGGUCAUUGUUAAAUAUGGAGGUUGUAUUUUUGGAGGAUUUGCAUCAAAGUCUUGGGGAGGAAGUAGCCGUUACAUAAGAGCAUCAGAUUCUUUUAUUUUUUCUCUUAAAAACCCGGCUGGUCUGGCCCCUUUCAAAUCCUCAAUAUAUAGAUAUCAACAAUAUGCAAUGUACACAAGCAGCAGCUAUGGACCCACGUUUGGAGGUGGUCAUGAUUUGAAAAUCGGCAACAAUGCCAGAACCAGCACAAGCUCGUACACAAACUUUGGUCAUACGUACAAGCUCCCAUCAGGCUAUUCGUACGCGAGCAACAAAGCAAAGAAAUUGUUGAGGCUUCUACCAAUUUCGUCCAAACGAAAUUGAAGUGUUCUAUUUCUCCUCAUAAUAAUCGGACCAUUCACGAAUAAAAUGUGUCAUAAAAAAAGCAUGGUUUCUCCUUUUUUUGUUAAAUUAACCGAAUUAGCUGUCGCACGUAGCAAAUAAUCUCAUAGAUAAUAAUUGUAAUCAUUCAAUAACUAUGCAAAGAAACCAAUAUUGUAAUUCCUUAAAUGAGAAUUGAAAUACUUAUUUUGCACUUAUUAAUUGCAACAAAACUUUUCUUUUCGA